AUGUCAAAGAAGAGAAGGCUAUGUGUAUGGCCUCAACAAUUCUCCCCACAAGCAAGCAGUUCUGAUGAAACCCACAUAGAGCCCACAUCAUUCAGACCAUUUGUGAGGGAGGCAAAUGGAUUCAUUCCCAGUUAUACUGCAGCGCCUACCAUGGAAGAGAUAAUUUCAUGUCUUCGUGGAAGAAGGGAAAGGGUGAGGCAUCAACUUGAUGCUACAAAAGUGCAACCCAUAACAGAUGCAGUUUCCGAGGUUCGUGCAGCACUAAGACGGAAGUGCAAAAAUGAGCAGUUCUGCCAAAAGAAGGAAUGA